AUGCAGCGGUACGGGUGCCAAGACUUCGUCGAGGAGAUUGCUCAUCUCCAGAAGCUGGCCGAGAUGCUGCCAGACUCACCAGUCACCGAGAGCAUGGCCAACACCUUCAUGGCUAAGAUCCAGGGAUUCCAGUCCUGGUCCUCGGAGAGCAUCUGCCAAAUGCUUGCCAAGGCCGGCGAAGCUUCCAAACUGCCAGAGGCCAUGAAAGCAAAGAUUCUGGACACCAUCCAGAAUUUGUCCAUGAACACCGGCUCCCAGCUCAAGUUGGUGAACACUGGCCAGUCCGUCCAGCGGCUGUGUCCAUACUUGACCAGGCCAGACUGGGUCGCUUUGUCCACCCUCACGAGCCAAACGGACCAGCUGGAGCUCUUAGCCAAAAGACUCCGAGCCAUGGGACUGCAUUCUUUAAAAGAAUGCACCAAGGGCCAAGCGGUCGCCAUUGUCUUGAUGGUGCAAGCUUCGCAAGGCAAGCCAAGCCUUUCGGCAGCUGCCAUCAACUCGGCAGUCCAGGACUUCGGAAUCAUCUUCCAGUCCCUGCCAAGCAGCAAUUGCCCCGGCGCCAGCAGAUAUCCAGACCAUCCAUCAGAGAUGGGCCAGCUUUGGCUCUCCAAGGCCUAUGGUCCAGGCGACCAGCCAGAUCUGCAGGACCCAUGCCUGGCUCCAUUUUUGAAGAAAGUGCCUCUUCGAAGCACCCAUGCUUCAUUGGCCGGCGGCACCAGGUGCAGGUCCAAGCGGCCUCCAGCGACACCUCAGGGCUCCACCUUAAGCUUCGACCAGGAGCUGGAAAUGCUGAAGCUGCGGCAUGGCAUCCAAGCCCAAGCAGCCACACAAGGCACAGCCACUCUGCAGGGAAGCCAAGGGCCCACCGCCGCAGCAACAGCAGUGUUGCCUUGGCUGUCGCCGCGAAGCAUGGUCCAGUCCCACAGCCAGAGUGCUGCCAGCACAACUGCCCCUGGCCAGGUCUUUGGCCAGAGCACAGCAUCUGCCGCUGCUUUGCCACUUCCUCCGGCAAGCCCGCCUCCUGAAGCCACGACCAGAGUCGAAGCAGCUCCCACGGAGACGACUGCCAAGGAAGACAGUGCCAAGCAGGACGCCAAGACAUUGCAGGAGUACGAGCAGGAGCAGUUCCAGAAGCUGCUGGAUGCCAAGGCCGACAAGAAGAAGAAGGCCAAGGAGGACGGCCAGGCCGACCAGAAGCCCAAGAAACAGCAUAUGAAGCGGCCAGCAGCAGCCAUGUCUACCCGACAAAGCUCGGCGAACCAGGGCACCACCUGCAACGGCCAUGAGGCUGGCAAAGGUGCCACCGCCGCCAAAGGCGGCAGCACAAAGAUCCUCUACGGAUGUCACUCCCAAAGUGCACUGGCUGCUUUUGUGGAAGUCGCCAAGGAACAAGGCCUCCCAGAGAAGAGCUCUUCCAAUGACCAGCGGAAAGCCAGGGAGGAGCUUCUACAGAGCUGCCAUGGUGGGCUACUGGGUCCUUUGAUCCAAGAAGCAGAGGUCACCACCGAUGAUGGUGCCAAAGUCACCAUGUACUUUGCCAACCUCUUGGUUUACCUGGCCAGUCUUUUCCAGAUGGGUGGAAGCUUCCAUGAUCUGAUCCAAAGGAAGCACCGAGCCAACCCAUCAUCCGUCUCCAAGCCAUGGCAACUUAUACUUUAUGCAGAUGAGGUGAUACCAGGAAACGUCUUAGGACCUGCCCAACGUAAAUUUUGGGCCAUUUAUGCCAGCUUCAGGGAGAUGGACCAAUUCCUCCACCACGAGGACCUCUGGCUGACCAUCUCUCUUGGAAGGUCCAACUUCGUGAGCCAUGUCCAGGGCGGCAUCUGCCAGAUCAUGUCCAAGAUCUUGGAAACCAUUUUCGCCAAUGUUCCGAUGUCCGGCUCCAUUUCCGGUGGGCCAUAUGUCUGGCAGACGGCGGUGCCCAUAAGCAGAUUUGGUCUUCCAAAGGUGACCAAAGCAGAAUUCUCGCAAUGGCAACAAGCCACCGGUUGGACCUGGAAUCCCCAGGCCUUGCUCCUGAACCAGACUUUGUUGGCGAAGAACCAAGUGAAGCCAGUCAGCCAGUUCUGCCAUGACUGGAUGCACGGCAUUCUGCAAGGAACGGCCCCAGUCGUGCUGUUCCAGAGCUUCCAAGCCAUCUCCGAGCACUACAACAUUUGGGAGGCCAUGGGCCCAUACAUAAGGAUGUGGAACUUUCCAGGUGCUUCCAAGGCCGGUCACUUGGCUGGUUUGUUCGACACAAGCAAGGUCGCCAAGUACAAGAGCAGCCAGAAGUUCAGUUGCCAAGCUUCGGACCUCCUAGGGCUUUAUCCAAUCAUUCGCCAUUUUUUGCAUUCUGUUGUUGUGUCAAGCGGAAUCUGCCCAGAGGCUUGCCAAGCUUUCUUGAGCCAGGCCUGCUUGAUCGACCAGGUUCACCAAGGGGUCAUGUAUGGAGCCACCACCAGAGCCAGCCUUCUCAGGGCUGCGGAAGAAUCCAUCGAGACCUUCCAACAGGCCAACUUCGACGUGCCACUGAUGCGGAAGUGGCACUGGCUGCUCCACUUGCCUGAUAUUCUCCAACGGCAUGGGUGCCUGCCAUCGACAUUUACGAGCGAACGAAAGCACAAAACCAUAUCUGCUUUCGCCACAAGGCUCCAGAAAACAGCCGCCUUCGAGAUCCACUUGCUCAACCAGGUGCUCGCCACCGAGAUCACCACUUUGACACAGGCCGGGCUGUUUCCAGACUCCUGCCAGUUGGUGAAGCCAAAGAAGCCCAACAAGCACCAGCUGCAAUUCCUCAACCAGUUUGUGGAUUGCUCAGCAACUGAAGCCAUGGUUGCCUCUAUCGCGAGGCUCGCAAGGGGUGGUGCCAUCCAUGCCAACGACGUCGUGGUGUUCCACCAGGAAGACGGAAGAUGGGACAUGGGCCAAGUGCUUUUCCAUUUGGAGCUUGGAGGCGACAAAGCCACACUCGUCCAACGUUGGAGGCCAACAGAGACACAGAAGACAAAGCAGUUCGCCAAGUGCUCCAUCACCAACGAGCAAGGCUUCGUGUCCAUGGACUCCUUGCUGUACCCAAUGGUGUACAGCAAGACCACAGAGAGGGAGGCCACUGUGCUGCUACCGUACCAGCUGUACCACAGGCUUUGA